AUGGCACCAAGCGCAAUCGAAGUCGAAGAAAUCAACGAGCUUGCUCACACGAUCAACGACCCGCCUGUCGAACACAACCUCGAGGAUCACGUCGCAUUCGGCGGAGACGAUCAAUGGUUCUACCACAUCCCCUCCAGACGCUUCGAUCUCUCUCGUGGCUCCAAGCGCAAGCUCAUCAUCGACGCUGAUGAUGGUAUCCGUAACCAUCGAGGCGUGGCAAUCGAUCCUUCCAGCACCGUCUUGGUCAUCAUUGACAUGCAGAACUUCUUCGUUCACCCCAUGUAUCACGACCACACCAGUGGUAUCGCCACCAUCGAGCCUCUCCUGAAGGUUAUCGACAAGUGCAAGGGUCUCGGAAUCCAGCGCUGCUGGCUGAACUGGGGCAUCUCCGACUACGACCUGAAAGUCAUGCCUGCAGCUGUUACAAGAGGUUUCAACAGAAACUUGGCUCAGGACAAGGGCCACGGCUGGCACGUCGGCUUGGGCGCAAACAUCAAGGAUGACAAGGGCAACACCGAGCGUUGUCUCUUUAGCGGCACCUGGAACGCCGACAUCUACGACCCUCUCAAGGAGGUCAUGACUCCCGAGGACGUCCGCUUCGACAAGGCCCGUAUGAGUGGCAUGUGGAACCCGGACUUGCCUAUGAACAAGUGGCUCCGCGAGAGUGGAAAGAAGACGCUGCUGUUCGCUGGUGUCAACACCGACCAGUGCUUGCUGGGCACGGUCACAGAUGCCUACAACUGGGGAUGGGACUGCGUUCUCGUUGGCGACUGCGCUGCCACCAUGACUGGACUCAACGCUCAGGAAGUCUGCGACUACAACAUCGCAACCAACAUGGGCUUCGUCACCGACAGCAAGGCCUUCUUGGAGUCCGAGGUCGUGUACGGCCCCUUGAAGUGA